ACAGCGACUCCCAGAGCCGGAAGUGACACACACCCAUCUCCGUAACACAGAGCUAGACAUGGAGAGCUCUGUGUGUGUUCGGCGUGUCUUUAAAGGUCGGAAACCUUUUGCUGAAUAAUCGGAGCCCGAUGAAAGGACACGGCUUAUUCACAUCAUCUGAGGCAUCUGAUUGAAGACCUGUAGCCAUGGAAGUCUCCAAACCUAAUAAUAACACUUUCCCAAGUUUGGGGGAUCUGGACGACUUCCUCACCAAGCACAACUCCAACUUUGUUUGGCUUCUUGUGGCCACUAUUCUGUCUUGCGGAUGGAUUAUCUAUUUAACCUAUUAUAACUCCCGCAACAUCGGCCUCAUCCUCACCAUCAUCAUCAACCGGUUGUACAAGGAUGGCUACAUUCACAUUGGCUCCUUCUCGUUCUCUGUCCUGUCGGGGAAGGUCAUGUUCAGAGAUGUCUACUUCAUCAACCAGGACAUGUCUAUUCGGAUACAAGACGGUUUCCUCAUAUUCCGGUGGUGGAAAAUGUUUAACCCCAAACAGAAACAACACGAUCCCAAAGCAGAGACCAGGCUGUAUGUUACCGUCAAUGGCUUUGAGUUUCAUGUCUACAAUCGCACUGGCCUCUACGCUCAGCUCCAAGAGAUCUUUGGCCUGGAGCCCACCCUUAUCAACCCCUCGAAAUAUGAGGAGAAGUCACGUGAGGACAGGGGAGCGACACUGGACAGUGUUACCAUCAAGGAGGAGAUCCCAGACCCUUCAUCAUCCUGGCGCUCCCUUAUCCCGGUCAUCAAGGUUAACAUUAGUACGGGUCGCUUGGCCUUUGGGAACCACCACCUUCCCCAGACCUUGUGUGUGAACUUCGAGGACGCCUUCCUGACCUACGCCACCAAGCCGCCCUCCAGCCACCGGGACCGCUUCAUGCACAUCCUGAAGGGCUCGCUGGAGAACGUCCGCGUGAUGCUGGUGCCCAGCCCUCGUUACGUGGGCAUGCAGAACGACGAACCUCCGAGACUGAUGGGAGAAGGCUUUGUUGUGAUGCAGUCCAAUGAUGUUGAUAUAUACUACUACCAAGAUGAACCAGGUCUGGUUCCUGAGGAGCAGGACGGCGGUGAGGUGGAGGUGGGCGGCGUGGAGGACAAGCUGCAGGACCUGCCGCCCUGCCGGGGCCUGGACAUCGUCUGCGGCAAAGGAACCGACUUCAAUUACGGACCCUGGGCCGACCGCCAAAGAGAUGCUCUGUGGAAGUUCUUUCUUCCGGCGGACUACCAGGCCAUGAAGGUGACAGAGGAAUCCCAACCGGGGAAACUACGGCAGAUCCUGGCCUUCGAGCUGCGCAUGAACAUCAUCGACAACGCCACCAUCGACCUGCUCUUCACCAAGAACAGGGAGACCAAUGCCAUUCAUGUCAACGUUGGUGCGGGCUCCUACCUGGAGGUCAAUAUCCCCAUGACCGUAGGAGAGGAAGGUUAUUCUCCUACCAUUAAGGGUCAGUUGCUUCAUGUCGACACCACCAGCAGCAUGCAGUACAGGACCCUGCUGGAGGCAGAGAUGCUGGCUUUUCACGUGAUCGCCAGCUAUCCUCGAGUUUGGAACAUGCCUCAGUCAUGGCAAUGUGAGAUUGAGGUUUACAAGGCAACCUAUCACUUCAUCUACGCUCAGAAAAACUUUUUCACUGACCUCAUCCAGGAUUGGGCGAGCGACAGUGCCCCAGACAUAUACUCCUUUGUGCCCUACGCAUGGAAGUUCAAGGUCCUCUUCCACCAGUUUGAGAUGAUCUGGGCGGCCAACCAGCACAACUGGAUCGACUGUUCCACCAAGCAUCAGGAGAACGUGUAUCUCGCUGCCUGUGGGGAGACUCUCAACUUGGAUUUCACUUUGCCUUUCAAUGAGUUUGUCCCAACGACCUGCAACACCCGCUUCAAUCUGAGGGCCGAGGACACCGACAUGAGGCUGUCCCUCCCAGAGUGCCAUCCUAGCCGCUAUCCAUUUCUCACUUUGGCUAAAGACUACCAAAAUAUCAAACUACCAACGGACCAGUUUCCACCUGGAGAUACUCAAGGGGCGCCUUUACCUAAACACACAAAGUCCCGAUGGAGAAACAUCACGCAUGCAGAAAGUGGCUGGGUGGACUGCUGGAGUGUCCCCAACUUCCUGCUGAUCAUUGACUACACAUGGCACCCAAUCUAUCCACAGAAGCUCGAUGAGCAGCUCAAACAGUCAUUGUCGGAGAUCGAAGAGUCGAUGCUGUCCUCCCUGCGCCCCCCUGAGCACACCCCGCUCCCCCACAGAGCACCACUGCGUUCGGACGGCUUCUCUUCAGCCAAUCACAGCCGGCCGGCCGCCGACCCCUCUGAGCUUCCCCCUGACCGGCUGCACGUGGAGAUGGAAAUGUCCCCCGAUUCCCAGAUCCUCCUCUACGGCCCACUGCUCAGAGCCCUGGUCGCCAUUAAGGAGAACUACUUUGGCGAGGACGACAUGUACACAGACUUUGAAGAAACGGUGUCUAGCCCAGUGCUGUCCACCUGUACCUCCUCGGGCCUGGGCUGGUCCCCGCUAGGCAUGGAGGACGGGGAGAGGAGGGAGGCGUCCAGCGUCCACCCCCUCCACCUCAGGCCCUGGGACAUCACCGUGCUGAUCAACCUCUACAAGGUCCACGGUCGACUGCCCAUGCCCUGCAGCAGCGAGGGCCCCGAGGGGCCGUCGGGCUUCCUUGAGCGACUCUGCUUCGAGAUGAAGAAGGGCUACAAGGAGACCAUGCUGCAACUGAUCCUGUCGCCCAUCCACAUCUUCCUCAGCGACAACUACCAGCGUCCAACCUCUGAUGGCAUGUUGAGGGACGGCCACCUGAGUCUGACCGGCCUGCAGAUGAGAGCCCAUGCCAUGUUCUCGGCCCAGGGCCUUCCCAUGGGCAGUGACACACUGGAGUACGCCUGGCUUAUCGACAUGCAGGCCGGCCUGCUCACUGGACGGGUCACCAUCCCACAGUUGGCGAAUGUGAUCGAGUGGGGGGAGACGUUUGUGUUCCACGUGGUUUCUCGGGAGUUCCAGCUGGAGCAACCGAAACCCUCGGUCAUCUGCCAACACGGUGUGGACCGACGGCUUUGUGAUGCUAAGAUGAGCUGCCUGCCAGGCCACUGCAGGACCUCGGAGGACCUCAAGUACACCAUGACCCGUCUGGCCGUGGACGGGGCCGACAUCUUCGUGGUAGAACACGGCUGUGCAGCCAACAUCAAGACUGCGACGAUACGCCUGGCCAGCUGUAACCUGCACAACCAGGCGGUUGGCGAGGGGAUCAGCGCCGUGGUCCAGGACGUCAGCAUCCACCAGUACAUCGAGCAGCAGACGCAGCCCUCCACCGACUGGCCCCGGGUGCCGCUGGGAGGGCAGGGCCCGGCACAGCCUCCCACUCUCAGACGAUCCUUCUGGCUGGAGGCCGGCUCUGUGGACCUAAACCUCAUCACUGCGGACAUAGCCCUAGCGGCCGACCACUCCGCCAAAUGUGAGGUACAGAGGCAAUUCCUGGAGCUUCAUGACGCCCAAAGCAAGAGACUGUGGUUCCUGUGGCCCGACGAUCCAAGCAUUCGAAACAAGCGCGGCAGGAGCCGCUGUGGGUGCCUGGGGGGAUGCCGGUUUUUUGGCGGGAACAACAUCGGCCUGGACUUCUUUAAGCUGGAGGAGGUGACGCCGUCGUCCUCCUUUUCCGGCUCAAACGCUGAGUGGGACAUGUGCUACGGUCAGUCACUCCUGCACCCCGGGGAGUGCAUCAUCACCAAGGAGACAGCCAAGGCAGUGGACGGGCGAGGUCAGGGUGUGAAGAAAGACGCCCACCUGCCCGGCGUUCCUCCAGAGCUGCCCGAGAGGCGGGGCCACCAGCACCUCAGCCUUCAGGUGCCCCAGCGCUCCCACAGCUCUGCCUCCUCCUCCGAGGAGAACUCUUCGUCCAGCGCCGCCCAGCCGCUGUUGUCGGGAGAGAGGGACACGCCCUCCCCGGGCACCGAGACCCGCGCCUUCCACAUGAACAGCAAGAGCCUCGCUGACACCCUAGAGGAGGUCCCCGAGGGCUCGCCCCUCUCCCCCAGCAGCGGUCCGGACCGCUCGGCGCUCUGCUCCCCGGUGUGCUCCCCCCUCCACCGCCAGUCGUCGGUCCACUCCAGCCGGCUCGGCAGCACCAAGAGCCUUUCUGCGGCCGUCUUCACGGAGAAGCCCCCGUCGGCACUGUCGGGCGCGGUCCAGUUCAGCAGCGAUGUGUCCCGCAGCGACGAGAACGUCCUGGACUCCCCGGCGCAGCGCCGCAGCUACAGCUCCUUCCCCUUCACGCCCUCGGCCGACUCCAACACCUUCCACCAGUACCGCUCGGCCGACUCCAGCAUGUCGGUGGCCGAGAGCGAGGCCUACUUCUCGGCCACGGAGGACUUUGAGCCAAUCAGCAGCGCGGACGAGGGCCCGGGGACAUACCCCGGGAGGAAGAAGAAGCGCCGGCAGCAGAUGGGGCAGCAGCCGCCGCCGUACCACAUGGACAACUACAGCCGGAGCUCGAUCUACCAUAGCGUGGAGGGGCCCCUGACCUAUGUGCUGAACGGGGAGCUGAUCACGGAGCCAAGGCCCCACCCCCACAUGCUGACGCCCUCCCAGCCCCUCCCCAGCCACACCUCGCAGGCCUCCUUCGUCUCUGCCCUCGCCAUGGAGGAGGAGAGCUCCAUGGAGGCGGAGAAGACCGCUGAGCCAGGCCCGGUGACCCGUCAGCCUCACGUCAUGGCCUGUUACCAGAACUACCUGUCCCAGUACCAGGUGUCUAAUUGGUCGGUGAAGCAGCCCACCAAUAAGAGGACCUCAAAGUCCUCUCUGCAUCGCCCCCUGGACCUAGACACGCCCACCGGUGAAGAGAGCCCCAUCUCAUUUGACCAGCUGUCUGUUCCGAGCUUUAAGGUGGUGAAGCACGGCCUCUCAGCCAGCUCUCUCCUGGACAGAGGGAUUCAACUGAUGGAAGAUAUUAACAGCACACCGUACACCCCUCUGGACAAGAAGGCCAUGGAUAACACAGAUGAAGAGACCACCACAGACGACUGGUCUCUGGACCAGCCACUGUCCCAGACCAGGACCACAGCCAUCGUGGAAGUGAAGGGGGCCAUCAAUGUGGUGCUCACCCCACUGGUGGCAGAAACUCUGGACAGGUACAUCGACUCCAUGGUCCACUUCGUCAGCAUCCGUCACCCGACGGCCAUUCUGGACGACCUCCAUGGAAAGGUUCUUAAUGAGGCCUAUCAGAUCAGCAAGUCUACUGUCACCGAGUCUAGCCAGACCGCCAAGCAGGAGCACAAGCUGUCCAAGACUGAAGGCACCACCCCCGGCUCCAUCUCCCACGGCCAGACAGACCUGUCUGUCAAACCAGACAAUGUGAAGAUUAAGGGGCUGCAGGCCAACGUCUCUAUUCCAAAGGUGAACCUGUGCCUGCUGCAGGCCUCGGUGGAAGAGGGGCUGGCCCUGGGCUCGGUGAAGUGCGUCACACACGUGUCCCUCGUGGCAUUAUGCUUCGAUAGGAUCGCUACGCAGUUCCGAAUGAACAGGGGUAUUGUAGAGGAAACGCCCAGCACUGCAGAACACGGGCGCCCUUCUGUGAUGUUGGAGAAAUAUGCCUCUGCCACCAAAAUGCAGCCUCAGUCGUCUGGCUCCCUUCGCUCCAAUGCUGGGAUUGAGAAAGGGAAGGAGAUCGCUGCAAGGCUCAACAUUCACCGCAUUCACAGCCAGCUCAGAGGGCUGGACUCAACAGACAUCGGAACCUGUGCCAUCACAGCCAUUCCCUUUGAGAAGUCUAAGGUGCUUUUCAGUCUUGAGGAGAUGGAGGAGUUCUCACUGGUUGAUGAGACUGAUGCCGCUGCCAUGGCGACGGACCUCGCCCCCUCCACCGCCUCCCUGGAGAAGUGGGGUUGGAUAAUGUUUGAGUGUGGCAUUGAGAACCUCACAGUCAAAGGGGGCCGACAGUCGGGCGCUAUCCUGUACAGUGCGUUCGGUGCCAUGGGUCACACUGACGCUACAGGCAAGAUGGGUAUGUCCAAAUCGAACGGCUCCAUGGGCUCCCAGACGGGCAGCGGCUACAGCACGGACGUCUCUGACAACAACCUCCCCCCCGACACCCAGGGACCCGUCUCUGAUGAGCACUCCGACUCGGACCAAGAUGAAGGGGUGGAGUCAGAUGAUCUGAAGAAGGACCUCCCCCUCAUGCCCCCCCCACCUGACUCCAGCAGCAUGAAGCUGACCAUUCGAGAGAUCUGGUUCAGCUUCUCCGCUCCCACCAACGUGCGCUCUCCCUCACAGGCCAUCUCUAGGCAACUCAAUCUGCUGAGCACUGCCACCCCUGCCAUCGGAGCCUGGUUGGUUCCCAUCGACCAGCUGAAAUCCUCCAUUCGUAAAUGGGACAUGGAAGGCACCCUCCGCGUGUGUGCUGUCAUGGGGUGCAUCAUGACCGAAGCGCUCGAGAAAAAAAGCAUUCACAUCCCGAUUCGGAGCAAGUACAACCGUGUGACUAAACGCGCCCGCUACCUCCACGAGAACCCGUCCUCCAUGCUGUGCAACAUCCUGCACCGCUACCUGCAGCAGACGGACUACUCUGUGAUAGAGGAGGCCACCAUGAACGAUGGACUGCCGGCCCUGGUGACCCUGAAGAAAGGUCUGGUGGCCCUGGCCAGACAGUGGAUGAAGUUCAUCGUGGUGACCCAGGGUUUCAAGGCCAUAGGCCUGCUGAGGCCAAACCCGCUGCCCAAGCCCAAGGAGCCCCAGCAGGACCUUCCAGACGGCCUCCAGGGCCUGGACAACGGGGUGGCUCUGCAGAGCGACACCAGCGCGGACGGAGCCGAGUUUGAGUUUGAUGCAGCCACAGUGAGUGAACACACCAUGCUGCUGGAGGGAGCCUGCAGCCGCCCCCCGCCCAAAGAGAGCAACUCGGGGCCCGUGAGUGGAGUGGAGAUCAUGAGGAAACUUUCCAAGUCUCACGCCCACAGCGAGUCUGUCCUCAAGAUAAAGGGCUCUCACCCCUACCAGUCGCUGAGCUACACCAGCGGCGACACGGCCGCCGACUCCCCGGCCCACAUCAGCCGGGUAGGGAUGGCCAACAAGGACAGCCCUCGAAAAGAGAGCCUUCUGAGCAACCUGACGGGCAGCUUCAGGAGCCUGCACAACCUGCUGGAAGGCACACCCCAGAGGAACGAACCACCCGCCACGGUGGCCAAAAGCACCUCCCUCACACGCACAGGAAACAGUCUGGGGACGGACGUGCUGACGGAACACCCGCUGCUUUCCGAGCCCUCUUCGGUCAGCUUCUACAACUGGAUGUCCAAUGCCGUGGGGAACAGGACCGGGGCGGGGUGCCAGGAGUCCCCAGUGGCCCGCUCCAAUCACAACGUCCUGCAGACAGGUGGCACAUGCAACCUGCCGACCAUCGCCUCAGCAUCAGACUUUAACACGGUGCUCUCCAGUGACCAGAACACGCUGGACGGCACCCAGUCCCAGCACUCCCAGCACAGCACCAGUCAGGACGACAUUGCUGACAUCGAGGAGGGCACCCAGUGCCCGGCCGCCGUGCAGCUCGCCGACGCCCAGGUGGUCUUCAAGCCUCUGUUGAGCCACACCGGGAUCCAGGCGCAGGACGCCACCCCUCUCAGCUACAAGAUGUACUUUGGAGAACACCUCUCCUUCUCCGGUACCCUGGAGUGUCUCCGGGCAGACAUCGUGGACUCAGACACCUCCAAAGAGCGCAAGAAUAAAAGAUCCAGACGACAGGGCAGAGUGAACCUCCCUCCCCUGGAGUUCAAGCCAGCGCUGCUGAUCGAGACCUUCAGCCUGAACGCGGUGGUGAUGGAGAAGUCGUCCAGCUCCCCGCAGUGCCCUACGGCCGCGCCGCUCUCCUUCCACGACCUCAACCGGCGCCACUACAACACCUUCCACUGCGACUUCACGGCGGCGUGCCAAUCCAUCAGCCAGCGCGUGGACAUGGCCCUGGUGCGGCUCAUCCACCAGUUCAGCACCAUGAUCGACGACAUCAAGGCCACGCAGACGGACAUCAAGCUGAGCCGCUACACCGCCGGCUCCACCUCGCCCACACCAACCUUCAAGGCCCGGCCGUACCGACACUUCCGAUCGUCUGACUUCAGCCGCAGCUCCAGGGGGAGUCUCAACGGGGCGGCCCGCAGCGGCAACCAGACCCUGAAGAGCAAGAGAGGAGUGGGGGGCGGGGGCGGUGUGGGGACGGCCGGCGGGGCGCCCCCUAAUGGCCCUGCGUCCGCUACCGACACGUUUGGAAGGAGAGAGCCCCGGGGGAGGAGCUCACUGGGGCGAUCGGAGCGGAGGACCUCGAAGAUAUCGCGGAAAGGCUCUCGGGAUGUGGCCGAUCACAUGGCCAUCCAGAUGGACGACUCAGACUCAAUCACGGUGUCGGAGCAGAGCGAGCCCUCGGCAGAGUGCUGGCAGAACAUGUACAAGCUGCUCAACUUCUACUCGCUCAUCUCAGACCCCACGGGCAUCCUAGAGAAGAGCUCCCCGGAGAACUGCAUCGCAGACGUCUGCCGCUCCUCCGAGCCGCUCUGCAAGGUGGUCUUUGAGAACGAGCAGCAGGAGUCGGCCACGCCCAACAAGCUGCUGGGUGUGGGCGGGAGGCGCCGCAGCCUGCUGAGCUCCGAGCCACAGCACGUCACUCUGAUCGUGUUCGGCAUCGGCAUGGUGAACCGCACGCACCUGGAGGCCGACAUCGGCGGCCUGACCAUGGAGGCGGAGCUCAAGAAGAUCCACGGCAGCUUCACGCUGAAGGACAAGAUGAAAGAUAUCCUGCACCAGAAGAUGACCGAGACAUGCGCCUCAGCUCAUAUCGGUGGAGUCAACAUUGUUCUCCUGGAAGGGAUAACUCCAGAUAUCCAACUGGAGGAUUUUCCAACUUCCCCCACCAGCACAGCCAAACAAGAGUUUCUGACGGUGGUGAAGUGCAACAUCUCCAAGUCCCAGGCCCUGUACAGCGCCCAGCGGGGCCUGAAGACCAACAACACGGCCGUGUUCAAAGUGGGGGCCAUCCUGAUCAACAUCCCACAGCACCCAGCCACCCUCCACAGCAUGAUGGUCCGCAGCUCUCACCAGCUCUCCAAGCAGAUCUCUGACCUCAUCCGCCAGCCCUCCAACAGUGCUCCCGCUCACAGAGAGGACACGCCCACGCCGCAGUCCUCCGACAAGCAGCCCAGCGUGCACCAGACCCCCGUGGAGGCCAACGAGUUCCCCCAGCUCCCCGAGGGGCUGGAGAAGAAGCCCAUCGUGCUGAAGUUCAGCGCCAUGCUGGACGGCAUCACCAUCGGCGCCGCUCUGCUGCCGUCACUGAAGGCCGAGUACAAGAUGGGCCGCAUGAAGAGCCACGGCAUGACAGGUGCCCAGACCAGUUUCACCUUUGAGUUGCCGAACCACAAGCUGUGUUUCCAGUCUAAGGUGUCUCCCGUGGACAUGUCCACCAUGCCUCCGUCGGCCAGCCUCAACCUGCCGCCUAUCACCAUGUCCGGAGAAUACAUCAUGGAGGAGCACGACGGCCACACCGACCAGGGCUGGGCGCCCGAGGACUUUGCUACCAAGCAAGCCAACUACCUGCAGGGGAACUACCUUCGCUGUGUGGCUGAGAUCGGCUCGUUUGAGCACAACCUCACCACAGACCUUCUGAACCACUUGGUGUUUCUCCAGAAGGUCUUCAUGAAGGAGGUUAAUGAAGUCAUCCAGAAGGUUUCAGGCGGAGAGCAGCCCAUUCCCCUGUGGAACGAGCACGACAUCUCAACAGAUGCAGACAAGCCUAAAAUCCUGCUGUAUUCUCUCAGCCUCAUGUUCAAGGGUAUCCAGAUGACCGCCACCACCCCCUCCAUGCGGGCGGUGCGCUUCGAGACGGGCCUGAUCGAGCUGGAGCUCUCAAACAGGAUCCAGUGCAAGGCCCAGCCCGGCGGGGGCAGCAGCUACCUCAAACUGUUUGGGAAGUGUCAGGUGGACCUGCACCUGGCCCUGGGGCAGAUCGUGAAGCACCAGGUAUAUGAGGAGGCGGGAUCAGACUUCCACCAGGUUGCGUACUUCCGGACACGGAUCGGCCUGCGGAACGCCCUGCAGGAGGAGAUCAGCGGCUCCUCCGACAAGGAGGCCGUCCUCAUCACGCUCAACAGGCCGAUCGUGUUUGCUCAACCAGUGGCCUUUGACAGAGCUGUACUCUUCUGGCUGAACUACAAGGCGGCGUACGAUAACUGGAACGAGCAGCGCCUGGCUCUGAAUAAAGACAUCCAUGUGGCCACCAAGGAGGUGGUGGACAAGCUACCGGGGAUCCAGCAGACCUCUGCCCAGGCCUUCAGCACCCUGUUCCUGCAGCUGACCGUCAACGACCUGGGCAUCUGCCUCCCCAUCACCAACGCAGCUCAGUCCGCCCCUCAGGCCAACCACACGGUGGAGUUUGACACCGGCUCUGCCCUAGUGUUGACCAUCGAGAGCACGCUGAUCACCGCCUGCUCCUCUGAGUCGCUGGUCAGCAAGGGCCAUUUCAAAAACUUCUGCAUCCGCUUCGCCGAGGGCUUCGAGACGUCCUGGGACGACUGGAAGCCUGAGAUCCGCAGCGACCUGGUCAUCAACGCAUGCGUGGUUCCCGAUGGGACAUACGAGGUGUGCUCCAGGACGACCGGCCAGGCCUCCGCAGAGAGCAGCAGUGCCGGGACCUGGACCCUCAACGUGCUGUGGAAAAUGUGCGGCAUUGACGUCCAUAUGGACCCUAACAUCGGCAAGCGUCUCAAUGCCCUCGGCAACACGCUGACCUCCCUGACCGGGGAGGAGGACACGGAGGACAUCGCCGAGCGGACCUCUCCCAUGGCCGACCUCUCGGAUGAGGAUGACGCCGACACGAUGUCUCCCAGCCCUCACAUGAGCCCAGAGGUCCCUUUUAGCCCGAGGCUGACAUUGCGGAAGCGACUGGUAAAUCACAUCCUGGGUCUCAGCCCCCGGCCACAGAGUGUUUCUUCACCGGCCGACUACUUAAACUGUGCAACUCCCCGCCUGGAAGCAGGCGAUACAAAGACCCUGAGACCCCUCUCCUGGGGCUGUGAGCCGGUUGACCCGAGGAGACAACUGGUGACGGGAAACCAAGUGGUAGAUGCACGUGGACGCAAGUUUACCAAGAGGCUGGUGGACAUCAGAGAGCUGAACGAACAAGCCAAGGUCAUCGAUGACCUCAAGAAACUUGGAGCCAGUGAAGGUACCAUUAACCAGGAGAUUCAGCGGUACCAGCAGCUUGAGUCUGUCGCUGUCAACGACAUCAGGAGAGACGUCCGGAAGAAGCUUCGGAGAUCCAGCAUGAGGGCAGCAUCGCUGAAAGAUAAGUGGGGCCUGGGCUACAAGCCAAGCUACAACCGCUCCAAGAGCAUCUCAGCAGCAGCGGGAAGACCCCCUCUGAAGAAACUGGACCGCCAAAGCAGCUCCAAGGCAGCAGAUGUGGAGGACCUGCCUGACGUCCGCAUGGAGGCGUCCUCCCCAGGACCUAGGGUCACCUUCAACAUCCAGGACACGAUCAAUAAGGAAGCCAUGGACUCCACAAACAUGCCUCUCAGUCCAGGAGAGGUAUUCAAGUUCCCAGAAGAGACAGAAUCCGAGCUGCUGUGCGGCGGCCCUGAUGAGCCACCACAUCCCCAUCAUCUUGUCCAUCCUCAUCAUCAUCAUCAUCAUCAUCAUCAUCAUCAUCCUCAAACACCUAGUAGUGAGGGCCACUACCCGGUGUUCAGUGCCCCCGCAACCCCCGCUGUCUUCUCACCCGCACUUCCUUUCCAGCACGACGGGGGUCACCACCAGGGCGAGUUGUCCUCUUCGUCCUCCGAGGACACAGACAAAGAUGAGGACUAUGAGCGAGUGCGGCCCUUCAGCUAUCGCAGACCGCUCCAAAUGGCCCAGAAGAAGGCCUCGGGGUUCGCCGCCGUCAGCCAGCUGUUCAGCGAGCGCUGGCCCAGCACGCCCUCUGGCCGCAGCUUCCUCAGCCCCCCCAUCGAGCGCAACAUCGACUUUGAGCUAGACGUCCGGGUGGAGAUCGACAGCGGGAAGUGUGUCCUUCACCCGACCCCCUCCCAGCCGGAGCACGAGGAGGUCUCCUUCAAAAGGAGCUGCGAUCGCAGCCUGCGCAGUCUGGACCAGGAAUCCCCGCCCAAGAAAAAGAAGUUGCAGCCUGCAUACAGUUCCACAAGCCACCUCCUCACCGGAAAGAAGUGCCCCUCCACCCUGCAGACCAAGUCCAACGACCUGGAGACCACAGUCUUCUAUAUCCCCGGGGUGGACGUCAAGCUCCACUACAACUCCAAGACCCUAAAGACGGAGUCGCCAAGCGUCUCCCGGGGGUCCUCGCUCCCAUUCUCCAAAGAAUCCAAGCUGUUUGGUAUGAAAGAUGUGGACAGUCUCGCCAACGCUGUUCCAAGCAAGACUAACUCUCUCACAGCUCCCCUGCUGCCAUCCCUCACUUCAGCCAAGGCCAAGGGUAGCGGCGGGGUGAAGACAGCCAAACUGUAUGCUUGGGUCGCUCUCCAAACCCUACCAGAGGAAAUGGUCAUCAGCCCCUGUCUCCUGGACUUCCUUGAGAAGGCCCUGGAGACCAUUCCCAUCACGCCAGUGGAGAGGAACUAUACAUCAGCGACCUCCCAAGAGGAGGACCUUGGCCAAUUUGAACCGGUUGAUUCUCUGGAGGAGUCGGCCACGUCGCUGGUGUCCUCCUCCACCUCAGCCUACUCCUCCUUCCCUGUGGACGUGGUGGUCUAUGUCAGAGUCCAGCCCUCCCAGAUCCGGUUCAGCUGUCUCCCCAUGUCCCGAGUAGAGUGCAUGCUCAAACUGCCCUCACUGGACCUCGUCUUCUCCUCCAACCGCGGGGAGCUUGAGGUCCCGGCUGUGGCGGCCCACCCCAACGACGGACAACACAUCCCCCCCUCCACGCCCCCGGGGCAGCACAUCCCCAAACCCCCCCCGGGCAAAGCGUCUCCCCUCCUGGGCAGUCCGCUGGGCCGCAGCAGACAGAGCAGCAGCCAGUCAGACCUCUCCGGCCCCCCCGCUAACUCCUCCUCCUCGGGCCUCAGCUUCACCGCCUGCAUGUCGGACUUCUCCCUGUACGUCUUCCACCCGUACGGCGCCGGCAAGCAGAAACCCAACAUGACGGGCCUUCCGUCCGGCCCGGGGAACCUCGGUACAGUUGAGGAGGAGGCCUCUUCAGUGACAGGAAGGAAGGACUCUCUGAGCAUCAACCUAGAGUUUGUUAAAGUCAGUCUGUCCAGGAUGAGGCGCACCGGGGGACCCACCUUCCUGGAGAGUUUCAUCCCCACUAAGGGUGGUAAGAUGGACACCACCCUGAUCAAUAUCUCAGCAGUGUGCGACAUCGGUUCAGCCUCCUUUAAGUACGACAUGAGGCGUCUGAGUGAGAUCUUGGCGUUCCCCCGGGCCUGGUACCGUCGGAGCAUCGCUCGCCGCCUCUUCCUCGGAGACCAGACCAUCAACCUGCCAGCCUCCGGCCCGGCGACGCCCGACUCCUCUGAGAACGCGUCUCAGCACCUCUCCCCCGAGGCCAGCCGCAAGGCCUACUGGAGGACCUGGGACGGCAGCACCGGGGGCCACGCCUCCCCCAACUUGUUCUCGGACCACUUGGUCAACACGUCCCUGGGGGGCUUCUCCCACCUCAAGUCCCCCAUCCCGGUCCGCACCAGGAGCGUGUCGGACUCCUCGGCCCCGAGACAAGGUAGAGCUCUGAACACUGAUCAGGACUUUGACUGUGUGACGAGGACGUCCACCCCGUCCUCCGCCAAGAAUGGGAAGGUUUCCGGGCCGCAGGGCACCCCAUGGGAGACGCUGGUGGUGUUCGCUAUCAACCUCAAGCAGCUCAACGUCCAGAUGAACAUGAGCAACGUGAUGGGGAACAACACGUGGACCACCAGCGGUCUGAAGAGCCAGGGCCGCCUGUCCGUGGGCAGCAAUCGGGACCGGGAGAUCAGCAUGUCGGUCGGCCUGGGGCGGUCCAAGCUGGACUCCAAAGGGGGCGUGGUGGGGGGCAAUAUCGACGUGAACACUCUGGAGAUGGUCUCACACAUCUCCGAGCACCCAAACCAGCAACCCAGCCACAAGAUCCAGAUCACCAUGGGCUCCACCGAGGCCCGCGUGGACUACAUGGGGUCCUCUAUCCUCAUGGGGGUGUUCAGCAACGCCGACCUCCAGCUCCAAGACGAGUGGAAGGUCAACCUCAACACGGUGGACACCAGCCUCUCAGAGAAGAGUGAGAUCUUCAUCCACGGAGACCUGCAGUGGGACAUCUUCCAGGUGAUCAUCUCCCGGAGCACUACGCCCGACCUCAUCAAGAUCGGCAUGAAGCUCCAGGAGUUCUUCACUCAGCAGUUCGACACCAGCAAGAGAGCCCUGUCUACAUGGGGCCCUGGCUCCUACCUCCCCCCCAAAGCCCCUCUGAUCAACAUCGAGAAAGGAGCAACAGAACUCUAUCUGGAUGCCGCCCAUCACCGCCACUGGCCCGGGGUCCUGAAGGUGAUCGCCGGCUGCCACAUAUCCCUCUUCCAGAUGCCCCUCCCUGAGGACGCCGUGCAGCUCGGAGGGUCCAUGAGCCUCCACGGCAAUCACAUGACUCUGGCCUGCUUCCACGGACCAAACUUCCGCUCCAAGUCAUGGGCCCUGUUUCACUUGGAAGAGCCCAACAUCGCCUUCUGGACAGAGGCCCAGAAGAUCUGGGAGGAUGGCUCAAAUGAUGACUCCACCUACAUCGUACAGACUCUGGACUUCCAUCUGGGUCACAACACCAUGGUGACCAAACCCUGCGGUGCGCUAGAAAGUCCCAUGGCUACCAUCACAAAAAUAACCCGCCGCCGCCACGAAAACCCGCCCCAUGGCGUGGCCACAGUCCAGGAGUGGUUUAACUACGUCACUGCCAUGAGGAAUGAAGAGUUAAACUUACUGCGGAAUGUUGACACCAACAAUGAGGAAAAUGGAUCCACCACCAAGAGCUCCAGCUUGCUCAGCAGCUUCCGCGGUUCCUCGAGCUACAACCACGAGACAGAGACCAUCUUCGCUCUGCCCAGGAUGCAGCUCGACUUCAAGUCCAUCCACGUCCAGGAGCCAGACGAGCCCUCAUUAACGGACUCCGACAGCAAGCCUAAGGUGGAGUGCAGCGUGGUCACAGAGUUCACAGAUCAUAUCUGUGUCACCAUGGAUGCUGAGCUCAUCAUGUUCCUCCAUGACCUGGUGUCGGCCUAUCUGAAGGAGAAGGAGAAAGCUCUCUUUGCCCCUCGGAUCUUCACCACCAGGCCUGGUCAGAAGAGCCCCACGACCCUCAAUGAUGACAGCUCCUCAGACAAGGAGGAGGGCAUCAACUACACCACCGUGGACUGGAGGGAGUUCAUGUGCAACACGUGGCACCUGGAGCCCACACUCCGGCUUAUUUCUUGGACUGGACGCAAGAUUGACCCAGUGGGCGUGGACUAUAUAUUGCAAAAACUGGGUUUCCAUCACGCCAGGACUACGAUCCCCAAGUGGCUCCAGAGGGGUGUGAUGGACCCCUUGGACAAGGUUCUGUCUGUGCUCAUCAAAAAGCUUGGCACAGCUCUACAAGAUGAGAAGGAAAAGAAAGGCAGAGAUAAAGAAGACCACUAAAGAUACACUGCACUCUCUAAAGCCUCUCUACUGUCCAAUGCAUUUGUCAGAGUAGCCUUACUUCUAAAUGUGUUGAUUGCAAAGUAUUUUACUAUUGUGCUAUGUGAGUAGUUUCCUCACCUCAACGUGUCAUUUUUUAUCUAUAUAUCGUACGGUAAUUGAAUGGAAAAAGUUGUUGCAUUGCUUAUAAACAACCCUUCUAAAAAAAGAUGUGAAUCAACUCUUAAAUUAUGUUAUUAACCAACUAGAAAAAAUUUAUAUUAAGGCUGUCCGAUAUUUAAGAAACAUUUUCUUUAAAAAACUACCUUUUUAGACUCGUACCUUUUCUUCAAUAUGUUUACUAUCAAUUUGGAGGUAAACAUAAUUUUUGUUUAAAUGUUCAUCCAUAGUCACAUUUUGUCUACUUUUAACAUCACAAUGGAAUGAACUUGUACUUGUAAAGACCCAUUGAUUGUACAUGUAUAAUUUGUCUUAUAUAUAUAUAUAAAUAAUAUGUCUCUGUAAAUAACUUGAUUACUGAUUGCUUGGUAUAAUAAAAACAAUAAUUUACAUUGAUUGAAUAUUGCUUAAGGAUAGAAUGAUACUCAAGUCUUCACUGAAAUAAAGCGCAAUUUUUGGGACGUGCUUAUGCAAGCCUGCAUAUUAAUUCUUAAAUGAGGUAUAAAUCUCAAACUUCAUUUUGAGAUGGGGGUCAAUAAAAAAAAGUGAUCACGUCAAGCAUCAAGCAGUUGAAAAUAAGUAACUGAGUAAUGGAGUGUAAAGUUUGAAGCAUAUGUCGGUUGUAAAGGAUAAUAAAUGAAAUAAAAAUAAGUUUCUUCAUUCUA